UUUUCCCUAAAUCUCCUGUCUUCACAGACGCAUAGACUCCCUGCUGAUGCGAGGAACGGUUUGAAUGCCAAGUGUAGACCGUACGAGCCUCCAGUUCUGUUCCGUCUUUGCUUACAAUUGGUUGGGUCGUGUUUCUGCUGUGUGCGCGUUGCUGAUUGGAAAGUGUCAAUGUUUUGACGAUUUAAAGUGUUAACUGACGCUCGCAUGCCAACGGAUUAUCAUGUCGAAACUACCGAUCGCAGCCUUCCAUCCAACUGGAACAACUCUCUCGAAUCUAUUCGAAGCUCACACCCGUAAUUCUACUCGACGGCAAGGGGGUAGUAUCAUAGCCCAAAAUAAUAUCAAUCGCACAGCACCGAUCAUCACACUAGCCGAUAGUAACAACACAUCUAGUCCAGUCGUGCUGUGCGUCGAUGGUGUUCUACUCUGGUUGCUCAUCGCGUGGAUCACAGCUGGAACAGCAGCUAUCAUUACACUUAUCGUCAAAUCCUGUCGCAACAGAUGGAAACACGAGGAACAAGAAGAGUUUGAUUGGGGUGCACUUGAACGAUCACAACCGACUAGAAGCCAACAGACUCGAUCAACGAGUUGCUCAUCGGUUCCGUCAGUGCGAAAUGCUAUUCCAGCAACCAAACCAUCUGUUCCAUCGAGGUUCAAUCGACGCGCAUCGACACGCCACACCAGCUCAAGACGGACAGAGUUAGAAGAUACUAAUCGCCGUCACAAAUCACGUAGUCGGCGACUGCAGUCCACAACGGCGUAGGCUUACAAAUGGAAGCUAAUCCUCAUUGCAACAAUACUCGUUUAAACUGUUAAGUUAUUUAUCCACGUCGCCUUAACACUACCUACGUCUCAAAGUACAAUCAAAGAAAAAAAAAUACAAGAUGAAUAGAGAUA